AUGGCUGUCAAAGACGUCGAGGUUCCUCUCGACGACCACAAGGAGGUCGCCGAAGAGAUGGAUGAUAUUCGAAAUGAUCCCAAGUCCGAGGCUUUCAACGAAGCUGCCAUGGAUGCUGAGCUCCAGCAACUGGAAGUACAGCUCGGCAGCAUCAAGAAGUCUCGGCUUGAGCUCACUUUCGCCAACCCCGCUUACUUCACUUAUGUUCUGGUGGCCUUUGCAUCUAUGGGUGGUCUACUCUCUGGUCUGGAUCAGUCGUUGAUCAGUGGUGCGAACCUAACCAUGCCCAUCGCUUUGCAUCUGUCCUCCUCGCAAGCUAGUCUGGUCAACGCCGGUAUGCCCCUCGGUGCCGUCGGCGGUGCCCUGAUCCUUGGUCCCUGCAACGAGUACCUUGGUCGGCGCAUGGCCAUCAUUGUCUCCUGCAUCCUGUACACUAUUGGUGCUGGACUGGAAGCCGGUGCCAUCAACUUUGGCAUGAUGUUUGGCGGCCGUUUCGUCCUUGGCAUGGGUGUCGGUCUUGAGGGUGGUACUGUCCCUGUCUACGUCGCCGAGUCUGUGCCCGGUAAGAUCCGUGGUAACCUGGUCUCUUUGUAUCAGUUAAACAUUGCCUUCGGUGAAGUCCUCGGCUAUGCGGUGGCCGCCAUGUUCUUUGGUGUCGCCGGCGACUGGCGCUUCAUUCUCGGCUCUUCCCUGGUCUUCUCGACCAUCCUUCUGGUUGGCAUGCUGUUCAUGCCUGAGAGUCCCCGUUACCUGAUGCACAAGGGAAGACCGGUCGAGGCGUAUGGCGUAUGGAAGCGUAUUCGUGGCUUCGACGCUUACGAGUCCAAGGAGGAAUUCCUGGGCAUGCGCCAAGCUGUCGCCGCUGAGAACGAGGAACAAGCCAGCACCAAGAAGUGGGCUUGGCUGGACUUCUUCACCAACCCCCGGGCUCGCCGCGCCAUGAUCUACGCCAACAUCAUGGUUUUCCUCGGUCAAUUCACGGGUGUGAACGCAGUUAUGUACUACAUGGGCGUCCUGAUGACGAAGAUUGGCUUCGACGACCGUACCAGUGUCUAUAUGUCGCUCGUUGGAGGUGGAGCCCUCUUAAUCGGUACUAUUCCUGCAGUGCUGUACAUGGAGCGGUUCGGCCGACGCUACUGGGCCAACGUUAUGCUUCCUGGUUUCUUCAUCGGUCUUGUGCUCGUGGGAGCUGGCUACACCGUCGACUACAAGACCUAUCCUGCCACGGCUGAGGGUCUCUAUUUGACCGGUAUCAUCCUUUACAUGGGCUUCUUCGGCUCCUAUGCCUGCUUGACAUGGGUCAUCCCCGCCGAGGUCUUCCCCACUUAUCUCCGUAGUUACGGCAUGACCACUGCGGACGCCAACCUCUUCCUGUGCUCCUUCAUCGUCACCUACAACUUUACUGCGAUGAUGAACUCGAUGACUCGGAUCGGUCUCACUCUCGGUUUCUACGGAGGUAUCGCCGUCCUGGGUUGGUUCUACCAGAUCCUCUUCAUGCCCGAGACCAAGAACAAGUCCCUCGAAGAGAUUGACGAGCUCUUCUCCAAGCCUACCUCGGUUAUUGUCAAGCAGAACAUCAAGAGCACCGUCGAGAUCAUGCGCGACCUGUCUCACUUGCGCUUCAGAAAGGUCUUUAGUCCUAGUCCUAGACUUUAG